AAUUUCGAUAGGUUAGCAAAUGACCAAAGAGUCCUUGGACUUCUUUAUCAUUUAUCAAUCGUCGCUUUCCUUUUUUAAAUCUCAUCUUCAUCUUCCCCACUCACUCACUCACUGUCACAGUCACCACCAUCGGCGAAGAGAUGUCCGACGCUCUUUCAACCCUGCGGCUUCCAUGGAAGGUGAAGAUGAUGUUGAUCGCCAUUGCCGUCGGCACCGACAUCUGCUGCCGCUCCGAUGUCUCAGUCAACCGCUUCCUCUCUAACCUCUUGGAUUUCAAGUCUCCUCCUCUGAAGAAACCAAAGAAUGGCCUCAAAAGCUUCGAUGUCAUUGUCGAUGCUUCCCGCGACCUCUGGUUCCGUCUGUACGCUCCGACCUCCGAAUCGAUGUCCGAAUCGCUGCCGUUGAUUGUCUAUUUCCACGGCGGCGGAUUCGUAUACAUGGCUCCUGAUUCCAAACUCCUCGACGACUUAUGCCAGAGGCUUGCUCGAGAAAUCCCCGCCGUAGUCAUCUCUGUAAACUACCGUCUCGCUCCAGAGCAUCGCCAUCCUUGCCAGUACGAAGAUGCCUUCGAUGUUUUGAAAUUCAUCGACGGCGACAGUUCUGCGAUUGAAGGAUUUCCUGCGAACGUCAAUCUGAAACGGUGCUUCCUCGCUGGUGACAGUGCCGGUGGAAACAUCGCGCACCACACGAUUUUGAAAUCUGGAGAUCACGAAUAUCGUGAGUUGGAGAUCAUCGGCCUGAUCUCGAUCCAACCGUUCUUCGGUGGAGAAAAACGAAUGGAAUCGGAAAAAAGGCUAAUAAAAGCUCCACUGUCGACGAUGGACCGGACGGACUGGUACUGGAAGGCAUUUUUACCGGAAGGAUCUGACAGAGACCACCCGUCGGUGAACAUUUUCGGUCCAAACUCGGUGGAUAUAUCGAAGGUGAGGUUUCCGGCGAUUAAAGUGUUUGUUGGAGGAUUAGAUCCGUUAAUGGAUUGGCAAAAGGAAUACUACGAAGGAUUGAAGAAAUCAGGUAAGGAAGCUUACUUGAGCGAAUAUCCGAACGCGUUUCACAGCUUUUAUGGUUUCCCGGAGUUGCCGGAAUGGAGUUUGUUCAUCAAAGACGUCAGGGAUUUCAUAACAGAGCAGUGCUUGAAGAAAAGCAGUUGAAAGAAUCAGAAUCAGGGAUUGAAUUCAGUCAACAAAGGACGGAGGCAGUAUCUCUUCCGUGCGUGUUCUGGUACUGCAAGGAAGCAAUCUGUCUUCUGAAUGUCUGUGACAAGGAGGUCAAUAAGGGUGACCUGAUCAUCCUCAUCCAGGUCAUCAAUGUUGUAUAUGGCAUUUACUACUUCCUUCCGAUGCUCGAACUCCAGCUCAUACUUCUCCUUUUGCCACGAUACAAGUCUACCCAUGUGUGUGCUCUGCAUUUCAACAGUCAAUCUCAUGAUGUCGAUCAUUUCAGCUUGGAAUGAUGGUCUCUUCCUCUUACUGUCUCGAGAUAACUCGGCAGUUACACUCGUUCUACUUGUAGAUUGCUCUGCUGGCUCUUCAUCUAUUUCAUCUUGAUUUAAUGGUGAUUCUGUCUAGCGAACCUCAAGUGUGUGACAGUCCUGUGAUCCAAGUCGAAUCUCAUCUUCAAACUUUUUGAAUGCAUUCGUUGCCUAUCACGUAUGGGUCCUCACUUGAUUGCCUUACUACUCUGUCUUUCCCAAAUACGGUGGAAGGUCAUCGUAAUGUGGGAAUGGCUUGUUCUACAUCUCCUUUGCAUUGGGAUGACUCUGCAUUGAUACACAUACACAUUAUUAAUAUUUAUAUUAUAACACGUACCCGUACAUUUUUUUUUCUAGAAUCUUACCCGAAUCCAAAGAUCGAAAAUCUCCCUCUCAACCUGGACACAUUUAAACUCCUCGUUCCAGUCGAACCCCGACUGACUUAACAUCUCUAAUAUUGCGUUGUAUUGUUUCUUCAGACUCCUCACCUUGCACUCAAUGGUGUUUUGAUUCAAUGCGCACCCGAGCACUUUCUCAUACAGAAUUCGCUCCAAAUAUGUAGAUAUUCUGGUCGAAACAUCCCAUUGUCGGACCUCCAACCGGUCUCCACUAAAUACAAUAGAGCUUCCACUAACUUAGCGUCCUCCACCUUCGACCAUAUGUGUUUAGACCUCUUACCAUUAUCUGCCAUUAUGUUGUAGCAUACGUUUGUUGAAUGAAAAGAAGCUAUAAAUUAAACACAUGCACAAACAAAGGAUAAACUGCUGAAAUUAUAUGUUCCAAUUUAACUUGUUCACACAGAGUCUUGGCACAAAAUAUUUUCACAACAUACUUGGGAUGUUCCAUAAUUAAAUUCCAUUCAGUAGUAAAAGAAAAGUAAGCAAUGAACAUUGAAUAAUCAGGCUCUUUGCCAUUAAGUAAACAUUUCGACCGCUAAGUCAUCCCUAAACUUGGUCAAUUCCUCCGAUGAUUCAACAAAUUCAAUAUGAUCCCCAUCAAGACCAACUGAUGCAGAAUUCUCCUCAUCGGGCACGUCAAGCAUUGCAUCGAUUCCCAUCUCCGUUGUGAUCAAGUUGUGAAUAAGGCAACAUGCAGUUAUUGUUCGACAUUGGACUUGUAUUGGGUAGAAUGAUUUUCCCCUAAGAAUAGCUCACCGCCCUUUUAGCAACCCAAACGCUCGCUCGAUAACGUUCCUUGCUGAAGAAUGUUUC